AUGAGAGUUACACGGUCUGCGACCAACAAAACGACACCGAGAUCAGAGGAAGAAAACAGCAUUAAUGAAGACCCUUGGUCGGAACACGAUUCGGAUUCCUUGCUCACUGUGAUCGAGGAUCACCUCAAGAAUGCACAGUCAGAGCUUAGCAAGUUCAAGCUUCAGGUCGAAAUUCUUCGAAACGAGAAGCGCGAUCUCGAAACAGAACUUGCUAAUGUCAAUGCUCUAAUUUCUCGCGAGAACAUGAGAAAGAAGUCCUCGCGUCUGAGCAAGACAACUAAGGACGCGGAUUCAGAACACGAACUUCGCAGCAGGAUUGAAGAACUUGAAACGGAAAAUCAAAAGCAGAAAAAGUACAUUGCUAAGCUCAAGAAAAAGGCACUACAGGAUGAAGUCGAUGAUCUCCUACCAAAGAAUAGUGGGAAAUUGAAAGGCAAAGAUGUCGAAGUAGACUCUGAACAUCGCAUGCGCAAAUUACUCCGCUGCUUUUCCGAUCUCAUGAUGUUGACGACACUUCAAGAUGAUUUGACUCAAGAGUGUCCUAUCUGUUUUGAAAAAUUACAAUUGAAACAGUGCUCAGCUAUGCAAUGUCAACAUUUGGUUUGUGACGAGUGCCUACCGAAGAUCUCCAAAGAAGCAGAUGAUACGGUCAAGUGUCCUGAAUGUCGUGAUCCAACAGAUAGAGAUGAUGUUGAGAAGGUCUAUAUGACAGAACAACAACGAUGGGAUGAACUGCUUCGCGUCGCCAGAGAUUGGGUUAAAAUAGAUCACCGAGGGGAAGAAGAGACCUCUGAAGAGGAGGCAGAAGAAGAAUUUAUUGAUGACAAAACAAGCUCCGAAGUAUCAUCCGAGGGUGUAAAUGAAUUCAAGAGUCCCCAACAUACAGCCUUUGAUGUCCAUUCUCCAUGUGGAGACGGCGACGACCAUCCACCGACUUCUUCGCCUACUAACAGCCGAUUAUUCUCUGAGUCUCCGACCAAAGAAAAAAGGAGAAGACUGGAGCAGCUCGCUGAGGAACGGGCGAACAAGAGAAAGAGGUAG